AUGGUGCGGCACCGUCCAAAGCCCCAUAUCACCUGGUGGAUGCGAGUCCGUCGAUUCUUCUACGAUCUCGAGUCACCUCUUCGACUUCGAACCAGCCUUAUCCGUCUUGGCCAUCGACAUAAGUACCCUGUCUUCGCCCUGCUCCGCCUCUUCUGGCCAUUCCCAACAUGGCACUUCCCCGUCCCUGACCAGGUACCUUUGAAAACUAUGGUGAAUAAUGUUCCGCUUCUGGACGCUCGUGCAGCCUCUACCGACUUGGCCAACAUGAGUUCCGUCCCUCUAUGGCGCGCCAGAGAUACCCCACUUCGAGCCUUAUACCGCAUAUACGAAGCAAUGGUUGCACGCGAGCCUUAUGCUAUCGGCCCACAGGUGGAAUACUUCUUCUACCAGAACCAGAAGUCAUGGAAAGUCAGCCGCAUCCCGGACCCGUGCGAUUGCGAUCCCGUACGAUAUGCCAUUCUCGCGUGUGUCGCCGAGGAACUAGCGAGGGCAUUCAAUUGGCGCAUGAGCGUGGGCAUGAGGCGGGACAAGCGCAAGCAUAUUUAUCGCAAGACCUUUGAGGAGCCGCUUCCGCCAUUCGUGGCGGAAACUGCCCCCAGAUGGACCUGGCACGUGCCUGCAUUCGAUGUUGAGUCAAUUGCAGACCUGCCGGAAAACUUGCGAGAUGUACAGGGAAGACUUGUACUCGAGGAAGGCGGGGAAAAUCCUUCAUUUGCAGAGAGGAAUAUUGUGGCCAACACUGGUCACUUUUACACAGUGUGA